CUGCUGGUCUCAUCGGCCCGAAACUCCACCCAAGCGCCCAUCGUCUUGUCUUGUUCCCUUGUAUGAACUCGGUGAUGGCGUAGUUGUCUAUUCCAUUGGCCUUGAGCUUGUCAACCAAAAUCUCGACACUGCUAGCCUUGCCUAGCAUGGAGGUGUACCACUGAACCUCCUCUUUCAGCACCAGAGACUCUUCUAACAUCCGACUGAUGUGAGCAAUUUCGCCACCCUCACAAACCAUCUCGACAGGUGCGCCAGUGCAAGCCGAAUGUGGCGGACGUACUUUUCUUUGCGCCGAAGAGAGCAUAUCGUCCUCAGACUCGUAAAAAGGAGGGUUCAUCAUGGUGAAAUCGAUGUGGAUGACCUUCUCGCUUUCUCUGCCACGGAGAGGAAUCAGGGUGUCUUCAGGUUGGCGCCCCAACACAGUAAUUCGGUCUUCAAGAUGGUUCAACGCGACAUUUUCCCUUGCAUAUUGCAAAGACUUCUCAUCGAUGUCUGGUUGGUGUUAGCUGGCAAUGGUAACCAUGCUCACCAACAUGAACAGCACGUACCGGUUGCAACAAAACGCCACGAUGGGCGCUGGGUCGUCCCCAGCAAGGGGUAGAUACAGCUUGCGCCUGUUCCAAUGUCGAGCCCGCAGGCUGGUCGGCCUGGUGGCUCGUACGACGAGGUGUCCACCAAUUCCUUAAGCCAUAAAAUGUAGUUGUGUCGAUUUGGCACCUAUGACUUUGUCAGCGAGAAUCGACACUGUGUCUGAGGGGCGAAAGCCUACUGGAGGGCACAGUCUGUCAUCGGGCAGCUCCAGCUUCAGGUUGAAGUCGAGUGACAGCAGAGUCUUGGUGAGCUGCAUGACCGCCUUUGGCUCGGUGAAAUCGAGAUGGCCAUUUUCUUGGAGUCUGGAGUCACAUCAUCAGCCAGUGCUAUGGUAAGGUGGAAGGUAUAGACACAAACAUACACAGCAGCAAAGUUUACAUCUUUCUCGGCGAGUUGUUUGAAGUCGAGCUCACGAUCAUACAGGUGCCGAAAGUGAGCAUCUGAAGCCGCUACGUUGAGGGACUGUUGAGAUGCAGGAGCUGCUUGGGACUUGCGACCGGAUUGUUCCACAUCAUCCAGUGCCUUCCUCUUUUUGCUCGACAUUUGGAUAGAUGGUGGCUUGGGAUUCUUGCAUAUUGGAUGCAGCUUGUUUGGUCGAGGUCUAUGGCUGGUGAUGUCUGCUGUGCUGCAUCUGAGUGGGGCGAGGAAUUGACCAAUCAGAUCACGUGCCCAGGCUGCCAUCACCGACCGAUAUCUUUUGGCGAAGACCUGCCCUGGAAAAUGCAACUCCUUCUUUGUGUUCUCUUUUCCAUCUCUCUUUCUUCCAGCUUCAGAUCACAAAAUGAAUACACGGGUCCUCCAACUUUCUCAAUGUUGGGUUUAUCGCCUCGUCUCAAUGCAACGGCAUCCCUAACGGUGGUAUCUGCAACCCUAACCUUCUCUUUCGACCCCUCAGUUCAAUGCGACGGCAGCACGGUUUCGCUGCUUCAACCCGCCCCCAACAGUAACAGCCCGGUCUUGCACAACAUGCAAAAUUAAUGAGCACCCGGCAGUUCCCCGUCAUGGUGUGAUAUCCUUCAUCGACUUCAUACGAGUGCUGUGGUAGUGUUGGUACGGGAUCCUUGCCCAAUCUAUCGAGUUCGUGGUACUCGCCAGGUCAGCCUGUGUUUCGGCAAACCCGUUUCCUCAGAAGUUGCUGUGAAGCGUGGCCGAUUUCGGUAUGCAGGCAGAGACUGCUGUGCACAUGGCUGGCUACUUGGUCCCUUCGGUCCAGCCACUGCUGAAGGAUGCCGUCUCCAUCGCUUUGGGCUUCGGCUCAACUUCUCAACUUGAUGUCGACGGCUUACUGAGUCUCCAGCAGCAGCCCACAGAAGCCUGCAACUCGGCACAAGAAAUGAUGACAUGGAUUGCCACGAUGUGAAUGAUGCCGAGUGAUCUAUUUGACACACCUCGCAACCUAUCCGAUUCGAGAUGUCACCGUAUUGGCGCCUUGCCCUUGGACCGACCCUAACUGCGUCCGGCCUGUUAGCCAGGACAACUGCAUGAUACGACCACCUCUGGACCGUCUGCCUGAGUGCUCGAGUGGAUGAGUUGACAUUGCCAACCCUCUGUGCGGCCCCUUUGUGGUUACCUGCUUGGGGAGAAGCGUUUGGCACGCUGCGCAAGCUUCACGUCGUGCCAGCGGGUUGGGACAUGGUUGCAACACUAGGCGCGGAACAAAUCGCCGGCAGCCCCUCUUCGCCUAGGUCUAAUGCCCGAUUGGCAUCACGGUUUCCCACAUCAUGGUGUUUUUCUGGAAGCCCACUGCUCUCGGAUCGUCAUCAAAACGACGUCGGCUAAUACACAGGGGUACUGAACAGUGUCUUGGUUCUUGUACCUAGUGCCAGCCAUUUAUGGUGUCGAGGAGAACGCUCGGUGGCCGAUUGUGAGACCCUUUGAAGACAAGAAGCAGAAGUGGUGUGGCAGCCCCGACAAAAGUCAGCAACUCGCAGAGAUCUGUGGGCACGCACACGCUCCAGGCAGUUCUCCAGAUUUACGAAGGGCGCCAAAACAUUCGCUUCAGAUAUCGCUAUCGCCGCCAAAUCUCGGAUUCUAUGGUGGCGACUGGUGAUACGCGACAGAGAGGCACCGUUGGCGUCAGCCUUGUUGGUUGCCUUCUCUGCCGGGAGAGACCCAUUCUUGGCUGUCAUCUUGAGGCUCUGUUCUUUCUCUUUAUGGACUUGACUGGUGCCUCUCGCCGACACCCCGGCCUGAAUUUGUCGAUACUCUCGGAUCAGUCCGACAGUAUGCACGGUUCCAACAGCCGGUUGGCAGGACGUUGUAUUCCUUUCAGGCUUUCCACGUGUGGGCACAGAGGCAACAGCUAGGCACUUCAUCGGAUUUCUGGUCACGAAGCUCAAUUUUGUCUUCUCUUCUUUUCGGUAGAGCAUCUCUCACUGGCUCUUGGCUUUCGAAGCUGAGAUGAGUGCUCCAAGCUGCCUUUUGUGCCUUGUCCUUCUGUGACCCCCUGUCAGCAGACCCAACAUCCCGCAGCGCUCGCCUCGGUGGAUGUCACAUCAUCUCUACAAGUCGAUCUGAUGGUGUUGCCAAUCCUCUGUCUUGUUACCGAAACGAGGCUCUACCCAUGCGUACAAAGGCGGCAAAGCAGGCUCCACUCAAUCAGGAUGCCGCUCUUUGGCACCACUCCGUCCCAUUUGGAGAAACAAUAGCAAACAGUGGCAGCCUCCGGGUCCAAUUAGAGAGCAAUUUCAGACAUGCGAUGAGCCUUCUACUGGCUACUAAUGCUGGUCAAACCUGCCUUCCAUGCGGAGGAUGGUGGUCAUUGGGUGAACCUGUUUAAAGGUCGGCAUUUAAAAGCAAGCGAACACCAUGACAUGAUGCCGCCUCGAUCCGAGACAUGUUGACGGUUUUCUCGAACACCUCGGAUUAUCAGCCACUGCAUUCCCUUAUCAUCCUGGUCCUCUUCUAUACUUUUGGUUGACCAGUGUUCCACACCUUUACGAAUCCUUGGCCCCGCCACAUCAGCUCUGAAGUAUUUAUUGCACCCCAAACCCCACGCUUUUGUGGUGGUUCUCCGGCCCCGGUCAUCUCUGCGUGUGCUACUGCAGACUUGUUCGCCAUUGCUUGCAGCACUUCUCGGCUGUCAGCUUGCAUCAUUCGCCAAAAGAGCUUAGGUAUCGAUAAUCUAUCUCACAACAUAUCCCACAACGACCGAGACCAUCAUCAACGUCCAGGUCAGCAAAAAGCACCGAAUUCUCCAUUCUAUUAACUCGGAGAUCCAGAAAGGAAAAGAGCUCGGACACAGUUCGACCAAACAUUGCCGUGGUCUGGGUCAGUCACACACCCUGCUGGACUUGGCACAUCACCCGACACCACCAGCGGGCACCCCGGGUCCUCAACCUCGCCGUGCGCUGCCGUUCUACAUCUGGAGAAAAAGUACUAAACUCGACUUCCUCAACGUCCCGACGUCUCAACGUCUCACCGACUCCUGCAGACUGUCUUGCCGAACACAUCACCUUGCAUCACUCUCGUCCACCAUCAUCCAGUGAAGUGGCGGCGACUAGCGAGAACGGCAGCAUCUUGGUGCCGCUCAUCGGACGCACUACAUUCUGUCUCUCUUGAACCAAGUAAGUCGCUUGCGUUCUCCAUAGGUUGCCGGUUUGGAGAACACCUCUCCGUUUGUCGCAUCGUCAGAUGUCUCCCAUCUACUCGGUCGCAUUCGCACAGGCUCUGCAGUUGUGUACCGGCGAGUGGGAAGGUAUUGGUUCAUUUUGACCCGUCUUGUUUCGGGAGCCCACAGUUGGGUCACUGGCUCUUUUGUCCGCCUACUUUUCCGCGCAGUCAUCACCAUCGUUCUGACCAUUGGCAAGGCGACAACAGAUCCUCAAAUACGGACCCCCCGCGGGUCUAAGCUUCUUUCUUGACCACCCACGUUGCGCCUGCCAGUCGCACAACCUUAUUGCAGUACAAGGCGCCUACUCGGUCUGCAGUUUUUCACCACUGAAGUGCUCGUUCUGUGCCCCUCUUGGCCCUCAAUACUCCGCACCAACCAGACCAAUACCUCAAGGCUUGAUCUUCAACCAAUCCAACCAAUCUGCCAUCAUCAGCUCCUUUGCCGUCUUUAUUGCGAAGGUAUCCUUAGCAAUCAUGGAAACAGACAAGCACUCGCUUGAGGUGCGCGAGGGGAAUCCGCCAGCCCCUGCUAACGGUGAGGAAUGCAAGGCUCCAGUCGAAGGUAACCCCAAGGCAGCUGCCACAGACAAGAAAACCGGCGAGCGAGUGGCUGGCAAGCCAAAGGACAAGAAGAAGACCGAGAAGAAGUCGUCGAAAGCCAAGCGGAAGAAGAACGCUGAUGCCUUGCCGUCCUCCGACGAGAGCGCCACCGAUGAUGACACCAGCGAAUCUGACUCCGCCUCGGACCAUGACGAUAGCUCCUCUGAGUCCGAGAGCGAGUCCAAGAAGAAGCGGGUGACAAAGAAGCGACACGAGGCUAGUAGGUCCAAGAGAAAGUCACGAAGCAAGAAGUCCAAGAAGCCUGUCACAUCGGAGGAGUCCUCGUCUUCAUCCGGCGAAUCUGACUCUGAUGCUUCCAAAGCCGAAACCGAGGAUUGUUCUGAGGACGAGAUGAGCCCACGAGAGGCGGUGAAACAGAUGCACCUUCUCGUGGCGCAAGCGCAACAAUUGGUGCAGCAGCAGCAACACCUGCCACUCGGUGUGCCCCUGUCUUCAUCUCAAGGCAUGCAGUUCCAGAGACAGAACGCCAUGCCUUAUUCUUUUAACCCUUCACGUCAGUAUAACAACGACGACUAUGACGGCGGUGCGCCCCAGAGCUUCAAUCCUCCUCGCAGUUCCAGGAGAGGGCCCCGUUUCGGCCAAACUCCUGGCGGGAGAGGCAGCUAUGGUCUGGGAGAUCUGGACGCCGGCCUUUCUAAUCUCCUGGACCCCAACCUUCUCGGCGACGGCAAGCGUCCGACCAAGGACAAAAAGGAGAGAAAGAAGCAGAAGAAGAAGGAGGAGGCGGCAAAGCUCAACUAUAAGCGGGUUGACCAGGUUUGGGACAGCUCGAUUCACAACUACAAGCUCCAGGACACAGCCGAGGGUUCGGUUGACUCGCAGUAUCAUGAUUUUCUGUUUCAUGUGCGCAGAACUUUUGAUUGGGAGGGCAAGUAUAAGGCCACCAUUGUCGACAUCAAGAGUAAACUCCUACGCGAGUGCUUGCAGGAUGUCAUGGGCAAUGUUAAAGGCGUGUCAUUGGUGGAGAGCACACCCAAGCUGGACCCCAAUCUACUUUUUCUCUAUCUCGAUGAUUUGAAGACGGCUCUGAAGGGCCUUAAACGGCGUACUUGCAAGGGUGCCAAGCGGGAUCUUAAGAAGGAGCAGAAGCGUCUGGAGGAUAAGCGCAAACACCUGAAGGUCCUGAUUAAGUACCUCGACAAGGACUAUGCGGAGGUCAAGAAGAGUCUUUACCCGAUGCUGAAGAACGGACUCAUCACCUUUGACCUGCUCUGGGCCCUCUGGAAGCCCAACACUCUUGCUUUCGCCCACACCUACAGUUCGCCGGACGAGCCUCGCGUGUUCAAGGUUGAGAUCGCAGAGAAACACUCCUCGUUCAUGAAAGGCGACUACUAUUACUUGGAGGGUAAGUAUUUCGAGUACGACGGCAAGCAGUUUGGUUACGGAAGCGUCUCGGAGGAGAUUAUGGAGUUUAGAGGCGCUCGCAAGAUCACCAGCUUGAAUUGCUAUCCGCUCAGCUACCACAAGAACGAAGCCAGGGUGCGCGAGGAGCUGGUGGAGCGAGGCAAGAAGUUCGUCGGCCUGGCUGGUGUGUACUACAAGAGUCAUCAGGGCAUGGCGUACUACAAGAAGAAGAAGGGAGUUGUCAAGGUCAAUAUCAAUGGCCGGAUCAUGGUCGACCCUGCUAUUCACAGGAGGAUCAAUCCCAACUACCCGAUUUCGAUGGUGCGGCCAAAGGACCACGACAGGUACUCGGACGAUGAGUGCUCUGAUGAGUCGGACUGUAGUGGAUGUGGCUCUGAUGACGAGGAGGAAGCGUUCAAGCGCAACGCUCGUCUUUAUAGACCCAAGCGGAGCGGCCCUCCUGAGAACAACACGGGGGAGAAGCUGGAAAAGGUUUCGGCGCAGAAUGAUGAGGUCGGUGAAGAGACCAAAGAUGGAGAGGAGGCAGAGAACAAGGAGGUGCCGGCAACUGGUUCCAAGGGCGCCAAGAAAAUCCCCGAGUUCAGCGAGGAGGACUACUUGAUUGCCUCUCCCGUGGUGCUUGGGUUCUCGUUUGCGGAAAAGCUAUGGCUUGAGUUUACCGUUUCUGGUGUCAAGGAGAUUCAGUGGAACGAAACGGCGUACGACUCGCUGGUGCUCGAGUCCAAGACCAAGGACAUAGUCAAGGCGUUGGUCGAGUCUCACAAGUACCAUGCGGCCGAGAGUAUCGACGAUGUCAUCCAAGGCAAGGGAAGAGGCCUGGUCGCUGUUCUUCAUGGUCCGCCUGGUACUGGCAAGACUUUGACAGCCGAGGGCAUCUCGGAACUGCUCAAGUGUCCGCUCUACAUGGUUUCGGCGGGCGAGCUGGGCACCGAUUCUCGCUUCCUCGAGACCGAGUUACAAAAGAUUCUCGACAUUUGCCACGCCUGGGGUGCCAUCCUGCUGCUCGACGAAGCGGACGUCUUCCUUGAGAAGAGGAACAUGCACGACAUUCACCGCAAUGCUUUGGUGUCAAUAUUCCUCAAGCAGGUUGAAUACGUGCAGAACAUUCUCAUCCUCACUACGAACCGUGUAGAGACAUUUGAUGACGCCUUCCAAUCCCGCAUUCACAUUGCCCUUCGCUACGGCAACCUCGAACAAAAGGCCAGGAAGGCCAUCUUCAAGAUUUUUAUCGACCGCGUUCGUGCUCACGAGGGCAGCAAGCUUGGGCCGUUCACCGAUAGCGAUUACGAAAGUCUUUCCCGAAAGGAGCUGAACGGGAGGCAGAUCAAGAACACGGUCAGGACGGCGCAGGCGCUGGCGGUUAACAAGGGCGAGCCCUUGUGUAUGAGCCAUAUCCGGCAGGUCUUGGAGGUACAGGCAAACUUUGACCGGGAUCUGAAAGGCGGGACGGGGUAUCAGGACGCGAUGAGGAGUUAUUUCUAA